CCCGUGCUUUUUUGAUAACAAUCUUAAGCAAGUAUAAUAAUCUUUUCAUUUAUAAUCUUUCCCUGGCACAAACAAAACUGUUUUGAUGAUUUUUUCGUAUCAAAACUAAAUAAAAGACAUUUAGCAGUGUAAAAUGACAAAUUAUCAAGAAGUUAUUGAGUCUUCUAUUGGACAGUUUGGUCGAUCUCAGUUGAUUAUUUUAAUUGUAACUGGGUUACCUCAAGCUAUAGCAGCAUGGACUAUGGUUAUGCUAGGGUAUGCAGGAAUAGAGCAAGACUGGUGGUCAGAAACUACGAGUUUCAACAGUACAUCUAAUUCUACGUUUACACAAAGGUUUUUCAAAGUAUGUCCAAAGAGUGGAAACGAAACCAUUGUCUUUAAAGAAGGUCUUAACAACAUAAUUACUGAGUGGUAUUUGAUCUGUGGGAAAUCAUGGAUUGUUACUACCAUCACUACUACACAAAUGGUGGGUGUAAUGAUUGGUGCUGCUGUUGGUGGUGCUCUGGGAGAUUAUAUAGGACGCCGAAAGACUUUGUUAAUAGUUUUUUCAAUGAAUCUGUUUUUUUUCACUCUGGAGGCUUUUUCUAUUAAUUGGAUAAUGAUGUCCGUAUGUGUUUUUUUUGUUGGAAUUUCUGUUGGAGGGUUAAUGGUUUUAAUCAAAGUAGCUUUCUUAGAGUUUGUUGGAACAGAGUAUAGAACAGUUGCUACUGUGCUACCUUUCUGGGGUUUAGGCGUUUCAUUGUUUGGUUUAUUAAUCAAAAUUGUGCCAUACUGGAAGCAUGUAUGUUAUACUACUUCUGCAACAGGAAUACCUGUAUUUUUAUUAAUGUGGUUUUACUUACCAGAAAGUGUCCGUUGGCUUUUUACACAAAAUCGUUUUGAUGAAGGUGAAAGUGUUCUAAAGUCGUUAGCAAAAGUAAACAAAUUACCAGAGAGAGAUCUAUCCGACAUUCGCAAAAUUAUUAAAGAAGAGGAAACAUUUAAUAAGAAGAAACCCACUUAUACAUAUCUAUCAUUAUUUUGUUACAGACAAACUGCAUGGAGAGCUCCUUUAUUUGCAUUCUUAUGGUUUACUUGCACAUUUGUAUAUUAUGCAAUGACUCUUGGUGUUGGACAGCUCUCUGGAGAUCGAUCUAUUAAUUUCCUAUUUAUGGGUAUUGCAGAAAUGGUCCAGGGUAUUCUAGUUUUGAUUUUCGCAAAAUGUUUUGGUCGGAAAAAAAGUACUAUAAUUCUGAUGAUCUUAACCUCAGGGUUUUCAUUUGGCAUUACUGCUGCAUACUUUGCAAAAACUACUCGUUUUAAAGUGAUCAUGAGUGUUCUAGCAUUAAUUUCUCGUCUUUUUCUUACUGCUGCAUGGACAUCCACAAUUGUAUUUACAGCUGAAACUUUUCCAACUGUUGUUAGAACAACUGCUUAUGGUUUUGCUUCUUUUUUUGGUCGCCUUGGUGGUAUAGUUGCCCCACAAAAUAGAGUUCUCAGCAACAUUUCUGAACAUUUACCAUUUACAGUAAAUGGAUUUUUGGCAUUAACCAGUGGUUUACUUUGUUUGUUACUGGAUGAUACAUAUACUAUUGAAAUGCCUGAUUAUUUAGAAGAAAAGAAAAGCGACACUCCUCUGAAAGAAGUUGUUGCCGACUAAAAAUAAUUUUUACACUGGUUCUGCUUAAACAUCAUUGUUUAAAGUUUUUUUAUUACGCAAUAAAAAUACGCAAAGUCAAUUUACUUCACGAUUGUUUGAUAUUUUUGAGAUUUGAAAGGUUUUUAUAUAAAUUGUUUGCUAUUAUAAGUAUUAAACAAUUUAUUUACAUUUUUUGAAUUUUAACUUAGGAACGUCUAAUUAUUAGACUUUUAACUAUAUAUUUUAUGUAAAUUUCUAUACAUAUGAUGUUUACAUAUAUUAUUUUUUGUUAGCUCAUUUAUUUUAACAAAUUUUAAUAAGAAAUCAGUUUUUAGACUGUUAACUGUCAUCUUAGUGUUUGCGUUUUGUUACGUUAAGUAAAAUAGCUUUUAAUAAAUUUUAAUAUUGUGCAUGUAAGAUUUUAUGUAAAUAACAAAACUUUGUUUGAUUUUUAAAAUUUUGAAGUAACUUUACAUUUGAAGUAGCUUUUACAUUUUUUCAAAUUUUUACAACUUUUAUUGUAAAAUAUUUUAAUUAUACCAAGUAUUUAGAAUGAUCUUAAAUAUAUUUAAGUGAAAUAUAUUUAGAAAGUUUUUAAGCUUUUAAUUUAUAACUUGUGACUUUAUUUGAAGUAAAGAUUUUUUUCAGUUUUAUUUAUUUGAUGUACUACAUAUGUUUACGAAAUUUGAAUGUGAACACAAAAUUUAACUACGUGCAUUACGAAAUUUACAUAUGCAUACUUGAAAAUCUAGAUAAAAAGUAUAAAUUGUUUUAUGAAAAAAAAAAUGAAUUAA